AUGGCAAGGUCAGUAGUACAACAUUGUGUACGUUGUACUAAAGUAAGACCACAAUUUUAUGAACAACUGAUGGGUAAUUUGCCAGCGACAAGAGUACAUCCUGGGCGACCAUUCAUCACCACUGGAGUGGACUUUUGCGGACCUUUUUGGAUACAUUACGGAACCCGAGGCAAGAAACCACACAAGGCAUACAUUGCUGUGUACUGUUGUUUUACAACUAAGGCAGUUCACCUCGAAGUAGUUAGCGAUUUAACCACAGAUGCAUUCAUCGGAUCGCUGAAACGUUUUAUUGCUCGAAGAGGACACUGCAAAAAUUUGUUUUGUGACAAUGCCACAAAUUUCGUGGGAGCAAGCAAUCAAUUACUUGAACUUGCAGACUCUAUUCAAACAAGCAAGGCACAAGAGAAGAUAAUUAACGAAUGUAAUGAAAGAGGAAUAACAUUUAAAUUUAUACCUCCUCGUGCACCACACUUCGGUGGACUGUGGGAAGCAGCAGUCAAAUCAGCAAAACACUUAUUGAUACGAAGUACUAAGACCACUUCACUACAUAUGAGGAACUAG